AAUCAGUAAAUUAGAGAAUUCUCAGAGAAAAUUGAGAGAUGAACGGGUCAAAUAAAUUGUUCUACAAACACGGGAGAAAUGGCAAUGUCACCGAGAUGCAUAGCAAAACCCCCCCUUAUAAAAGAACAACCUCUCUUGCUUCCAUAUAGUUGUAUUUUGACAUCGAAUUUCCAUUCCAAAUCAAAACAGAGAAAAUGGCAACAACUCCCAAGGCUAUCUUCUUCCUUGCCUCGGCCCUUUGCUUCUUACCCCUCCUCAGUAUUGUUCAUGCCGAAGCUCCCGAGCAUUUCUUCGUGGAAGGAAAGGUUUACUGUGACAACUGCCGUGCUCAGUUUGUAACCCGGAUCAGCAAGUACAUUGCAGGUGCACAGGUGCGAUUGGAGUGCAAAGACCGUGCAGACGGUAGGCUGACCUACGCCGUAGAUGGUGAGACUGAUGCGUCGGGGACCUAUCAUCUUAAGGUGGAGGGAGACCAUGAGGAGGAGAUCUGCGAGGUUGCACUCGUAAGAUCAAGCGAUCCUGAAUGUGCUGAGAUCGACGUUCAAAAUUAUCUUAGGAAGAGUGCUCGGAUUGUCCUAACCAAAGACACUGGCAUCUGCUCCGAUCAUCGCAUGGCCAACCCUCUUGGAUUCAUGGUAAAGCAACCUCUGCCUGAGUGCACUGAAGUCCUCAGAGAACUCGGAAUCACCUCUACUGGCCUCGUAUAAAGGACAUUCGUUUAAUGGCAAAACAAAA